AUGGUCACUGACAGCAAACAUGCAGCCAACGAGGCGCUCGUAGUUAACCUCUCCGAACUCCACAAACCAGCCAGUGUUGACUUUACACUCCUUACAAAAACGAUUUCGGAUACCUUACAACAUUUUAAUGACUUGUCGGACCCCAAAAUUAUUAACGAAAUAAAGGACGUAGAAUAUAAAUUGUUGGUCGAAGAUAUCAUUGAGCAACAAAAGUCAUUCAUAGAACUCGUCGAAGACUGUAGCCAUGCUGUUAAUAUCAUGUCUACUUACAUGAAAGCCAACAACGAAUAUAUCGAAAUCAUGAUGCAAGAACCCGUUUCGGGCGAAGAAUUCUUGGACGCAAUAACGUCUCUUCUUGAGCUGGCAACUUCACAUAAAAAAUUGGUUGAAAAAGAAAAUAAAGCCUUUUGCCAACUUCAAUUCAAUCUACAAAACAUUCUUAGCAAUCUGGGCGAUUAUAAUGUUGACCUUAGCGGUGACCAGCGACUGAUGGGCCACAUCUUAGAGCAGGAUGCCUCCAAGUUUCGCAAAACAGAGAAAGAGCACAAAUGGGCUGCGGUUGGUACUGGUAUUGGAGCAGGUAUUGCUUUGGCUGCAACCCCAUUCACGGCUGGUGCCUCAUUAGCUGUCGUUGGCGCGCUCGCCGUUGGAUCUGGAGGUGCUAUGAUAGGAACUACUAUACAGACUAUAAUUAAUGGUGGAAAAGCCAAGGGAACCGAAAAGGAGUUGGAGCUAUUACGACUUGAAGAAGUAAAAAUGCAUGCGAUUAUUGUUGCUGAAAAUUUGAAAACGAUCUUGAUCGAGUUGAGCCCGUUAGAUACGUUCUGGAAAACUGAAAUUGAUGAAUGUAGCAGCAUUUUGGAGAAGUACCAGGAUAUAGCUAAUACUUCCACGUUUAAAGUUACCAAGAUGAAAGGAAUGACAACAAUUAGGCAAUGGGAGUCGGUCAAAGCAGCUUUUGAGAGUUUUCAACGAAAGUUGGAACAGUUUAUCAAUUAG